AUGGGCAAGACUGGGAUCCGGACUGUUUGCAAGGUCGAUUUUGACAGACCUGCUUCCGAGCAGCCGUAUCUUCAUAACAGAUGGCAUCCAGAUAUUCCCUUUGCUGGCAGUAUCAGGGACGGCGAGACAGUCAAGAUCGAAUGUCUCGAUUGGACUGGUGGGCAGAUCAAGAACAAUGACUCGGCAGACGAUGUCAAAAACGUCGACCUCACCAGAGUCCACUAUCUUUCCGGGCCAUUUGAGAUCGAGAAUGCGGAGCCGGGAGAUCUGCUCCUUGUCGAGAUUAUGGACGUUCAGCCAUUUCAAGACCAGCCCUGGGGAUUUACGGGGAUAUUCGAUCGACGCAAUGGGGGUGGGUUUCUGGACGAGAUAUAUCCUUCAGCCGCCAAGGCAAUUUGGGACUUUGAGGGCAUCUAUUGCACGAGCCGACACAUCCCCCACGUCAAGUUUGCCGGGCUCAUCCACCCGGGCAUUCUCGGGUGUGCCCCAUCCGCCGAGGUGCUCGAAAGGUGGAACACACGCGAGGCUGCGCUUAUUGCGGCCAACAGGCUAGACCGUGAGGUGGCCUUGCCACCACAACCUCUCAGUGUUCACGCAGGUAGCGCAGAUAAUGGCCUGAAGCAGAAGGUCGGCCGUGAAGGCGCGAGAACCAUACCCGGGCGUCCAGAGCAUGGAGGAAACUGCGACAUCAAAAACCUCUCCCGGGGCUCAAAAGUGUACCUUCCCGUUCACGUCCCCGGUGCCAAGUUCUCCGUCGGCGACUUGCACUUCUCACAAGGUGAUGGCGAGAUCUCCUUCUGCGGCGCCAUCGAGAUGGCCGGCGUCAUCACCAUCAACUUCAGCGUCAUCAAAAAGGGCGUGACCAAUCUCGGCCUCAAGAGUCCCAUCUACAUCCCCGGCCCCGUCGAGCCGCAGUUCGGUCCCGUGCGGUACAUCUACUUCGAAGGCUUCAGCGUAGACGAAAGCGGACGACAGCAUUACAUGGACGUAACGGUCGCCUACCGACAAACCACGCUCCGCUGCAUCGAAUACCUGCGCCGCUUCGGCUACUCGGACUACCAGAUCUAUCUGCUGCUGUCGUGCGCGCCCGUGCAGGGCCACGUGGCCGGCAUCGUCGACAUCCCCAACGCCUGCACCACCCUCGGCCUGCCCAUGGACAUCUUCGACUUUGACAUCUCGCCGUCAGCCGCCGCUGCUGUCGGAGCUGGGCGCGGCCGCCGCCCCGCGCUGAAUAUGGGUCGCUGCGCGUUUGAGACGGGGAGGACGUCUGGGGAGGUGAGGGUGGGUGGAGGUGGUGCGGGUGGUGGGCAGGUUAGUUUUGGCGGGGGGUUGACGUAUCGAUGA